AUGGCCGAACGCUGGGACCGCGAUCGCUUUGAGCGAAUGCGCGGCGAACAGAACAGAGAUCGCUUCGAUGAUGAUCGCUCUUAUACACGCAGCACACGAGGCCGCGACCACUCAGAUGAGCGAUAUGACCGUCGACCUGGCCGCGGUUACUACGAAGAAGAAGACAUCCGUGACCGUCGCUACUACGGCGAUGAUUCUCGCCCUCAGCCUCAGCGAGAAAGAGAGCGAGAUAUGCCACCUCCCUGGGCUCGCCGCACAGAUGUUCUAGAGAGAGAACGAGAGCGAGAAUUUCCUCGCCGCGAAUCUCCACCUCGUCGACCAGGUUUCCUCCGCCGACAAUCAUCUCUUGACACCUUUGACCGCCGACCACGUUUCUUCCAGGACCGUGAGGAAUACCCCCCUCCUGCCCGCCGUGAGGAUAUCCGUCCUCGAGAUCACCGAGAUCCUCGGGAUGACUACCGUGCUCCUCCUUACACACCUAUUCCUCUUCCCAAGAGCCGAGGACUGCCUCCACCUCGCAGAUACGGCGACGAGUACUAUGACGACAUCAAGAUUGCCGAGCCCGACUAUUAUGGCGACGAGGAUUACCGAUCCAUGCCCGAGCGUGUUCGCGAGCGAGAAUACACUCGGUCUCGCAAUCGUCGUGGACGCAGCCGAGAAUCUCGGUCAACUCGAACUCGCUCUGUUCGAAGCAGCUCGUAUUCUUCAUCUUCAAGCCGCUCCUCUAGCAGCAGCGGUGGCACUACAGUGAAGAGCGAGUAUCCUAAGAAGGGCAAGACUCGCAUUCCUGCUAAGCUUGUUUCUAAGCGAGCUCUCAUUGAUCUCGGAUACCCAUUCUUUGAAGAGGGCACCACAAUCAUUGUGCAAAAGGCUCUUGGUCAAGACAACAUCGACGAGCUUCUCAAAGUCAGCGAGGAUUACAAAAAGGUUGAAGCUGAAAUUGCCGCCUCUCGAGAACAAAAGGCACCUACAGCUGCUUUGCCUGCACCUCCACCCAAGGAAAAGGUCAGAGAGCCAACCCCGGAACCACCGCCGGCCAAGACUCCCCCGCCUCCCGCUCCCCCAGUUCAAGCUCCUCCAGCUGCUGUUCCGGUCGUAACCCCAGCUCCUCCCCCACCUGUUCAAAUGAUGCCUCCUCCUCAACAAACUCCAAUGCCACCUCCACCCGUCCAGAUGAUGCCUCCUCCUAUGGCUCAGCCUGGACCACCGCCUGGUUUCUACCAGCCUGGGCCUCCUCCUCCGCAACAAGUACCCUUUGAAUAUGCCGAGGAGACUGUCAUCCGAGACGUUUCGCCGUCUCGGUUCACCACAACCACCACUUCCUCGAGCUGGGACUCUUACCACCAUCAUCACCACCCCACCGAGGAGCUCGUCGUUCGAUCUCGCUCUCGAUCCCGAAGUGGACGCGACAUCCGAAAGGAGAUCAAGGCUCUCGAACGUGAGCUGGCUCACCGUCCUCGAGGCCGUUCCACCAGCGGCGAAAUUGUCCGUGCCGAGCGCUUGCCCGACGGACAGCUUGUUAUCCGAGAAGAAAGAUUGGAGAAGGUGGUUGAACACCGCAAACCUCCUCGUAUUGAGAAGGACAAGAAAGGACCCCCUCCUAAGCUCAUGCGGGCCAUGUUUGCUACUCUGACUUGA